UGUAACGCGAAGUGACAGACGGGCGAGAUAAAGAUCAUUGUACUUAGAGGGACUAGGGUAAAAGUUAGGAUAAAAGCGGCUGACAGCCACUUCAGCUGUAAAGAAAAGUUGAAGGCUAAGAGAAAUUGUAAAAGAGCUCAUUGAAAGAGGCUGAAGUAGCGGAACAGAGAGCAAAGGGAACGAGACAAUUACAGCUAAGGCACAGAGAAAUUAGCACAACUUUUACUGAAGUUUUAAAAAGCCAUUCCAAAGCUAAGCCAUCACCUCCCUCUGCAGCCGAAAAUUAUCCGAGUUAUCCUUAGCCUUUUUUUGAAACAUGGACCGCAAGAUUGCCGACUUCUCUGGCACCUGGAAAAUGAAAAGUUCGGAGAACUUCGAGGAGCUGCUGAAACGCUUGGGAGUGAACAUGAUGCUGAGGAAGAUUGCUGUUGCAGCUGCCUCCAAGCCUUUGGUGGAGAUUAGCCAGGAUGGGGAGACUUUUUCCAUCCGCACCUCCACCUCUGUCCGAACCACCCACAUUGUCUUCACCGUUGGACAGUCCUUUAACGAGACCACCGUGGAUGGACGUCCGUGCACGAGUUUUCCCAAAUGGGAGACGGACAGUAAAAUCACCUGCGAGCAGACUCUCCAGAAGGGAGAGGGCCCCAAAACCUCCUGGACCCGUGAGAUCACCAACGACGGGGAGCUCGUCCUGACAAUGACCGCCGAUGAUGUGGUCUGCACCCGGGUCUACGUCCGAGAGUGAAGACAGACGCGUCGCUCCGUCCGUCUCCGUCCUCCUCACCGUGUGUUCUUUCUUGUUCGUUUUUAACCCAUCAGUACUGCGGAUGGCUGCCAGCCGCUGGAAUGUUUUAGACUAUAACAGUGUCAGGGCGUUGCUCAAAUUAUCAGUGUUUUCGUGCGUCGCAGCCAAAGCGUCGGUCCGUGUUUCAGCGAGUCACCUGUCUGUCGCCAUGCAUUGCUUUGUGGGCGAGCCUCAAGCGGACGGCUAAUUGUUCAUUGGCCAUCCCCGCCGUACGCCACGUCUCUCUCUUCGCUCCCUCUCCAGAGUUCUCUAUUUAUUUUGCUAGCGUCUAAUACUUUCUACUGUGUGUGUCUUUUAUAUAAAACAAAAUGUGGUGUUAGAAAAUAGCAGCUGAUGUGGAAAAACAAUAAAGCUUCAAACUCUGA